AUGAAAAAAAACGCAUCUAAAAUUUUUAACAGACUCAAACUAAUCCAAAAUAAAUAAUAAAGUGUUCAGUUUGGUGUUAAUAGAUUGAAACCUCUUUAUGACUUUUCUGCCAAAGGGAUUGCUGAAAAUAUAACCACAAUAAAAAGAUAUUAUCAAGAUGUUGCUUAUAUAGGACCAUCUAUCUCCUCCUUUCUUCAAGAUAUACCCCAUAAUCUUGAUCUCAAAAAUUUGUUUAUUUGUGAUAGCACUGAAGAGCUAGUUAGGGAAAGCCUACAAGAAAUUGAUUUAAUUGCUCCUUAAAUAAAUUUAUAUAAAAAAUUCCCUGAUUUAAAAAUUUAUCCUCUUAUUGUAGAUGAGGAACUGUUUCCUUUUAAAUCAGAAUCCCUUGAUAUGGUUAUUUCUAACAUGAAUAUGCAUUACGUCAAUGAUUUGUCUGUAGGGUUCUCUAGAAUUUUAGAUUCUUUGAAGCCAGAUGGCACUCAUAUAGGAGCAAUAUUAGGAGAAGAAACACUGCAAGAACUAAGAAUUGCAUUUACUUUAGCAGAAAGCGAAAGAUGUGGUGGUGUGAGUUAGCAUGUUAGUCCAUUUGUUACAAUUACUGAAUUAGGAAAUUUGAUUACAAGAUUAUCUUAUAAUCUACCAACCGUCUUUUCUGAAAAGAGAAUGCUUUACUUUGAAAGUUCUGUUGAUCUAAUGCAGUUUUUGCAAGAUUGUGGAGAUAACUCAUGUCUUCUUGAAAAGAGAAAAGGAGUUUUAAAAGAUACACUUUUAGGAAGUAUUGCUAUAUAUGAUUCACUCUUUAAAGAAAUAAAUGAUCCUGAGUAUAAAAAUUAGAUAUUUAGUACAUUUGAAAUAAUAAGCUACGCUGGCUGGAAAUAUCAUGAAAGUUAGCCAAAACCAAAGAAAAGAGGUAGUGCAGAAUUCAGCUUGAAGGACCUAAGUAAAGAAAUAGUUGAUAUAGAUCCUGAAGCUGCCUAAAGAAUGAAAUCAGGUGAAAUACUUGAAGAAGGGGAUGGGCCAGACGAGGCUGACCCUUUACAAGAUUUAUAAAAUGAAAAUGAGUUAGAGCCAAAAAAGAAAAAUUGA